AUGGCUUCGCCGCCAACAGGUAGCAGAAAGCGGAAAGUGGCGGAGGCGAUCGCUGCCCGCCGGGCCACCCUGGACUUGGAGCCCACGCAGGGCGCGGGGCAGCUGGUGCCCAGUAAGCAGCGGCCCCCCGCGCCCAGUCGCUCGCUCGUGCGGUACCUGCUGGCCCGCGAGGUGGGCUUGCGGGCUCGGCCCGGCCGCCGGGGUGCCGAAGGCGAGCUCGGGGGCUACGCGGUGCACAAGCUGCCCGAACUGCUGACCGAGCGCGAGCUGGCCCUGGGCACCCUCAACAAGGUGUUCGCGUCGCAGUGGCUGAACGCCAGGCAGGUGGUGUGCGGCACCAAGUGCAACACACUCUUCGUGCUGGACGUGCACUCUGGCCAGAUCUCGCCCAUCCCGCUCCUGCGGGACCGGCUGCCCGGGCUGCCCCGCGCCCAGCCCCUGUGCGGCAUCCACGCCAUCGAGCUGAAUCCCUCCAAGACGCUGCUGGCCACCGGGGGCGAGAACCCCAACAGCCUGGCCAUCUACCAGUUACCCGAUCUGGACCCCGUGUGUCUGGGCGACCGCCUGGGUCACCGGGACUGGAUCUUCACCAUCGCCUGGAUAAGUGAUCGGGUGGUGGCCAGCGGCUCCCGCGACGGCAGCGUGGCUCUGUGGCAGGUAGACACUGACUUGAUCAACAGUCGGGCCAGCGACGCCUCGGGGCUGCCCGUGUACACCCACAUCCGUCCCCGGGACAUAGAAACCAUUCCCAGGUCGCCCACCAACCCCUGCAACCGUAAGGUGCGGGCUCUGGCUUUUAGCGCCAGGAACCAAGAGCUGGGAGCGGUGUCCCUCGAUGGCUACUUCCACCUGUGGAAAGUCCAGAACAACCUGGCCAGGAUGCUGUCCUUCAGGCUGCCCUACUGCCGGGAGAACGUGUGCCUGGCCUUCUGCGACGAGCCGUCCCUGUUCGUGGUGGGCUCACAGUCACACAUCUCCUUCCUCGAUCUGCGCCAGGGUCAGCAGAACAUCUGGCCCCUGUGCCCCCGAGAGGGAGGUACAGGCGUGCGUUCUCUGAGUUUCUACCAUCACUUGGUCACCGUGGGCACAGGCCACGGGUCCUUGCUCUUCUAUGAUGUCCGUGCACAGAAGUUCUUGGAGGAGAGAGCCUCGUCCAGCCAGGACUGCUGUCCCGGACCCUUUCGCAAGAAGCUCAGGCUCACCUGUGGCAAAGGCUGGCUCAACUACAAUAACCUGUGGGUGAACUACUUUGGCGGAGCUGGCGAGCUCCCCAAUGCUCUCUAUACCCACUGCUACAAUUGGUCAGAGAUGAAGCUUUUCACGGCCGGGGGGCCUCUCCCAUCAGGCCUCCACGGGAACUAUGCAGGGCUCUGGAGCUAAGGAAUGCGGCCCUUGUGUGCUCCCCGUGUCCAGAUGUGCUUUGAUUGAUGUACCUUGCGGACUCCUCGUUUUCCUUCUUCCUUCUGUAUUUGUGAUUUUAUCGCUGCGUGGCUUUUGCCUCCCAGUGGAAUGCACCCAUCUUAACCUCUGUACGCAAAGAGAGAGAGAGAGAGAGAGAGAGAGAGAGAGAGAGA